AUGGGUUUUCAGGGGUUUUUGAUGGUUUUUUUGGAUUUGGGAGGGUUUUUUGAGCUAGAAUGGUGGUUUUCAGCAGAAAAUAUGGGGAGUUAGAGGAGUUUUUGAUGAAUUUCGAAAUUUUUUUUUGAUCUUGAUUUUGACCGCUGGCGGGUUUCAAAUCAUUUUUCAAUGUUUUUUCGAUGAUUUUCUCGCGUUUCCCUCUCAAAACCUGCAAUUUUCAGCAUGGAUCAAUACGUAAUUCUCCUCAAGCAAUUUGUCGGAGCCUGUCAGGCCAAUCCGGAUCUUCUUCACGACCCGAAACUCGCAUUCUACAGAGAUUAUUUGGCUUCGUAAGUACUUAAUUGUUUUCUAGAUGCCAAAAACUCCUAAAUUUUAGGCUUGGAGCAAAUCUCCCCACCAAAACUGCUGCUCCAGAGCCAACACCAGAGCCACAAGCGGCUCCAGCAGAAGAAGCAGCUCCACAAGCCGAGCCAGAAGUCCCAAAACCGGCUGAAAUUCCAGUGCCACAAAUCGAUAAUGAGGGAGUCAUCCCAGCUGAAACCAACGAGCCAUUGUCAAUGGGAGACGCGUCAAAAGAGCCGACUGAUGAGGAUUUCGAAAAGGCGUCGACUGAGAGAGAUUUGGCGAUGGAAGCAUUCUCGAAUGGCGAUUUGGAAGGAUCUUUGGCUCAUUAUACAGCUGCUAUUGAGGCCAAUCCGGGAAGCGCUAUUUUAUACGCAAAGAGAGCAAAGUGA